CUGCAGUGGAUGGUCCUCACCGUGCGCUCACAACUCGUCUCCGUGGAGGAGAUCUGAGCAUCUCACUGUCGUUUUCCCACCCUCCUGCUUCCCCCCCCUGUUCUGCCCCUCGUUCCUUUGCCACCGUACCAUCAGCGGGGUCUGGAUAAAUGUGAGGGGAAAAGUCAUAGGAUAGACGAGGGAGAAAGGGAAAGAGCUCAGGAAGUGUUGAAUCCAACAUCUCCUGCACACAUGACUGUGUGAUGCUCCACUGUCUCCGGGUGACAGAGAUGCUCGUGCUCUUAGAUGCCUCCUGCGUUUAGACUCUGUUCCAGAAUCACAGUGCACACUGUGUGGUGAACCAGAAGACCAGCAGUAUUCAUGGUCGCCCUCACAUUACUUCGAUGAGGACAGCUACUCCUCUCCACCCAGGAACAUGAAGGGUCUCUCUGGUGGCCGCCCUGCCCAGCUGCAGCUCACCUCUCCCAUCUCAGCUCACACCUGUGGCCUGGCCGAGUGCGACCAUUCCCUGGACCACCACCUUUAUCAUGGUGACUCAAGGUCACCCUCCUACCUCCUUAGCCCCACUGAGAGCUGCCCCCUUGAUGGUCACCACCGCUGCUCCCCGCGAAGCUCCAUCCACUCUGAGUGCAUGGUGAUGCCCGUGUCCAUGUCAGCCACUGACCACUCCAUCGCUAGUAGCACUUUCCCCCGCAUGCACUACGGCAGUGCUUCACGGGACAACGGUGGAAACACGUCUGGUGGCAGGGACUCCCGAGAUGACUGUGGCUCCUCCUCACACGGCGGCAGUGGCAAGAUGAACCGAAUCCCAGCAAACCUCAUGGACCAAUUUGAAAAGCAGAUGCCGCUGCAACGGGAUGGCUUCCACACAUUGCAAUACCAACGCACCUCCACCACAACCACGACCACAGAGCAGCGCAAUGAAAGUCCCGGGCGAAUACGCCACUUAGUUCACUCGGUACAGAAGCUUUUCACAAAGUCGCACUCUCUAGAAGGAUCUUCCAAGAUGAAUGGCACCAAAGGCGACUCGCACCGGGAAGGCUCACACCACCACCAUAACCACCACCAGGGCCACCACAAACACAGCAAACGCAGCAAGAGCAAAGACCGUAAAUCUGAUGGUGGUGGCAAGCAACGCUCUGGAGGAUGGUGGAGCUCGGACGACAACCUGGAUAGCGACAGCACAUACAGGACGCCAAGCAUCAUGUCGCGACAUCCCGUAGAACACAUCAGCCACUGUUACCCUGACUCCAUGCACAGCCACCUGGCAGGAGACCUGUCGCUAAAACCCUCCAAGAGCAACAACGACGUCAAGUGCUCGGCCUGCGAGAGCAUAAGCAUGGCACCAGAGGGCAAAUUCAUGAAGAGGAGCUCCUGGUCAACACUAACGGUCAGCCAGGCCAAGGAGGCCUACAGGAAGUCCUCACUCAACCUGGAGAAGCCCAUGACACCAAUUGACCUCAAGCCCAACAUCAGGCCCUGUCACUAUCUACAGGUCCCCCAGGAUGAGUGGGCGGGUUACCCUGGCGGCGGGAAGGAUGACGAGAUCCCCUGUCGUCGGAUGCGGAGCAGCAGCUACGUUAAAGCCAUGGGGGACGAGGAGAGCGGCGAGUCGGAUUCCAGCCCCAAGACUUCGCCUCAGAAGCUGGUGCGGCCAGACGCCCUGGUCAAGGCCAUCAUCAGGCCCAGGGAACUGCUGGAUUCACAGAGUCAGAGCUACCACAUGCAAGCCGCCAGGGACAUGCACCCCGGCAUUGCCCUGGAUCCCUCAGCCAACUACAACUCGCCCAAGUUCCGCUCUAGGAACCAGAGCUACAUGCGGGCUGUCAGCACCCUCAGUCAGGCUAGCUGCGUUAGCCAAGUGAGUGAAACAGAAAUAAAUGGCCAGUUUGAGUCGGUGUGCGAGUCAGUGUUCAGUGAGGUGGAAUCCCAGGCAAUGGAGGCCUUGGACCUCCCCGGCUGCUUCCGCACCCGCAGUCACAGCUACCUGCGAGCCAUCCAGGCCGGCUUCUCCCAGGACGAUGACUGCAUCCCCCCCAUGGCCUCGACUGUCACCUCCACCAUCAGAGCCACCACAGCCAUCACCUACACACCCAACUAUAAGAAGACCCCCCCUCCGGUCCCCCCGCGCACCACCUCCAAACCCCUCAUCUCCAUCACAGCCCAGAGCAGCACCGAGUCCACCCAGGACGCGUAUCACGAUGGGAGGCACCCUCACGGUGGGAUGUGGGCCCCCGACGGUCUCAGCCUGGGGCUUGGUCCAGGUCGGGGACUCUACAACUCCACCGACAGCCUGGACAGCGCUAAAGCCGUGACCAUAGCCAUGGAGGCAGCCGGGGUCAUGGCGGGAAAGAGACACCCGUCCACAGACAGCCACAGCUCGGUGCUCACCUGUGACAAGGCCAUCCUGGUGUCCAAGGCCGAGGAGUACCUGAAGACACCUCGAUCGUCUAUAGGGAUACAGGUGGAAGCAGCCACCGACUCCGAAUCGGAAAGCAAAAGCUCACCGGAGUACCACUCUGUCGGGAUCCAGGUAGAAGAUGAUAAGAAAGGACAGGGCAGGUUCAAGCGCUCCAACAGUGUGACUGCAGCUGUGCAGGCUGACAUGGAGCUGGAGUGCUUCCCCACCAUGGAGGACAAAGGCCUGCAGUUCGGCGGUGGCUUCCAGCGCCACUCGGAGCCCAGCACCCCCACGCAGUACGGGGCGGUGCGAACCGUACGCACCCAGGGACUCUUCAGUUACCGCGAGGACUACCGUACCCCCACUGAACCCCCCAGCCCCAGGGAGACGACCAGCGAGGCCACAUGGCAGCUGGAGCCCCCCUCCCAGCGGGAGAGCGCAGUCUCAUCAGUGGAGUCGGGCAGGGCGUCCCCGUCCCUGCGGAGGGACGGAAGCUGGUUCAUGCAACUGCUUCACACGGAGACCAAGAGGAUAGAGGGCUGGUGUAAAGAGAUGGAGGCCGAGGCUGAAGAGAACGACCUGUCAGAGGACAUCCUAGGGAAGAUCCGAAGUGCAGUGGGAAGCGCUCAGCUGCUCAUGUCUCAGAAAUUCCAGCAGUUCUAUUGGCUGUGUCAGCAAAACCUGGACCCCAGUGCCAUGCCGCGGCCCACCUCUCAGGACCUGGCCGGCUUCUGGGACCUGCUGCAGCUCUCCGUCGACGACGUCACCAUGAAGUUUGACCAGCUGCAGCACAUCAAGAACAACAACUGGAGGCCUGGCGACAGCCCGGAGAAGAAGGUGAGGAGCCUCCCCGCUCCACUACCAAAGAAGACAGUUCGACAGAGGAGUUUGGUGACAAGGGAGAAAUCCUUGGACCUCCCAGACAGGCACCGACAGGAAGCCCGGCGGCGGCUCAUGGCGGCCAAGCGGGCGGCCUCCUUCCGGCAGAACUCGGCCUCGGAGCGAGCGGACAGCAUCGAGAUCUAUAUUCCCGAGGCUCAGACUAGACUUUGA